AAACCUAAAAUGCCCCUUGUGUGUAUGCUGCUUGUCUCUGUCCUCUCUUCCCUUCGUUUUGAGGUCAGCAACGACGCGAUGGUAUGUGAGGAGCAGAGCGCCAACCAUUUCCGAUAAGCAAAUCCCCACCAACACACCACGUGUCAUCCACACGAUUUUCCCACUAUAUAUAUUCUUUUAUUUUUUGGGGAUAUUUUUCAUACCAUACUUCACACACCAGAGACUGAAACAUCCCAAGAGGUUCAAACUUCGAAGAUGGCUGCUACCUCCUUGUGUUCAUCAACCCUCCAAUCCCAAAUCAAUGGAAUCAAUCUUUCUAAAACCUCUCUUUCCCAACCACCUUCCCUCACUUUCUCUAGGAGGAGAUUUUCAACCAUAGUGAAGGCUUCGUCUCGUGUGGACAAGUUUUCAAAGAGUGACAUCAUUGUUUCUCCGUCAAUUCUUUCUGCCAACUUUUCGAAAUUGGGAGAGCAGGUGAAAGCAGUGGAGUUAGCUGGUUGUGAUUGGAUUCAUGUUGAUGUAAUGGAUGGUCGUUUUGUUCCAAACAUUACAAUUGGACCUCUUGUGGUUGAUGCAUUACGCCCAGUGACUGAUCUUCCUCUGGAUGUGCACCUGAUGAUUGUAGAACCUGAACAGCGGGUGCCAGAUUUUAUCAAGGCAGGAGCUGACAUAGUCAGUAUCCACUGUGAGCAAUCUUCCACCAUUCAUUUGCAUCGGACAGUUAAUCAAGUGAAAAGCCUGGGAGCUAAAGCUGGAGUUGUCCUAAACCCUGCUACCCCACUAAGUGCAAUAGAAUAUGUUCUCGAUGUAAUAAAGAGCAAAAAAAACUUCUUUCACAACAUAUUGAAUUUCUGCAUUCCGAGUUUUAUCGAGAGCCAAGUAAAGAAAAUUGCUGAUUUGAGAAGAUUGUGUGUGGAGAAGGGUGUAAAUCCAUGGAUUGAAGUGGAUGGUGGUGUUGGUCCUGCAAAUGCUUACAAGGUGAUUGAAGCUGGAGCUAAUGCUCUCGUUGCUGGUUCUGCUGUGUUUGGAGCUAAAGAUUAUGCUGAAGCUAUAAGAGGUAUCAAAGCCAGCAAAAGACCUGAACCAGUUGCUGUGUGAAGUGCUUCCAUGGUGUCCUAUUCAUUUUAUGCAUCAAUGCUGCUAGCUGUUUGCCCUGUAUAGAUGUCUUCAAUUAAGUUUUGCCUUCGGUGGUUGAAGAUCAAAAUUUACUGCCAGCAUAAGAAAUAAUCAAGUAAAAUAGUGGCGGGGAUUGUUUGGGAGCUAGUUUCAUUGUGAAAAAUCAUUGUAUAAUAAUAAUGUUACACACUUAUACUCAGUGAUUCAAAUUACUGCUUGUAUUUGACAGAUACAUAUUCAACACAAGACUUAUGGUCUGAGUGAAAAGAUCUCGACCUUAUUACCACAGAUUGGUUUUUCUGAGUUUGUAGUUUUGUACUUUUCAGACAAUGUUCAUGAUUAUUUAAUGUGGAACUUCUCCACAUCCAUGUUUA